CCUUUCCCACAUUACUUCCAAGACCGUGAAGUAAAAGACGGACGUCCCGAGACGAAGGAUCUGCUUUAGCAUUUUGUGCUGCAGACAUGGAGGGGUCCAGUGACAAGGUCUCCUGCUGCAAAUGGCUGCGCCGCAGAGUUCCGUUGGCCCACAGAGAGGAAAUGUACCACAUCCUGAGGAUGACAGGCCCUCUGCUGCUCUCUCGAAUCCUCAAUUACCUGCUCCCCUUUGUGGUCACCAUGUUCUGCGGGCGUCUGGGAAACGAAGUGAUGGCUGGCUAUGGAUUAGCUUCUGCUACUCUUUCAGGUUUGUUUCAUAUUCCUUCCAGACCAUUAAUGUGACCACUGCAGCAACUGGAUAUGGUCUGGGACUGGCAUGCGAUACUUUGGUGUCUCAGACGUUCGGUGGGAAGAACCUGCUGCGGGUGGGAGUGAUCCUUCAACGGGGCAUCAUCAUCCUGCUGUUGUUCUGUCUGCCCUGCUGGGGCCUGCUCCUCAAUGCCCAGGCCAUCCUGUUAUGCCUGGGCCAGAACCCCGAGGUGGCCAGAAUAGCCCAGCUGUAUAUUACAGCCUUCCUCCCUGCCGUACCAGCAAUGUUUCUACAGCAUCUGCAGGUGUCUUACCUGCAAAACCAGGGUAUAAUACUGCCACAAAUGUAUGCUGCUGCCGUGGCAAACAUAGCAAAUGUCGUGACAAACUACACCUUUCUUUACUGGCUGGAUCUGGGUGUUAGCGGGUCAGCAGCAGCCAAUACUCUGUCUCAGAUUUACAUCUGCACUUUUCUGUUCGCAUACAUUUGGUGGAAGAAGCUCCACGUAAAAACAUGGGGAGGCUGGUCUGCAGAAUCCCUGCAGGAGUGGGGCUCCUACAUGAAACUGGCUUUUCCCAGUACAUUAAUGAAGUGCUUUGAGUGGUGGGUUUAUGAGUUAGGCGGCUUCUUUGCAGGAAUGCUGAGUGAAAAUGAACUGGCAGCCCAACAUGCUGUGAUAAUGGUGGCUUUCAUAACCUACAUGUUCCCUCUUGGUAUUCAAGCUGCAGCAUGCGCCCGUGUGGGUAACGCUCUCGGUGCAGGAAACACAGACAGGGCCAUCCUCACCUGCAAGAUGUCCUUUGCUCUGGCAGGCAUCAUUGCAGUUAUUGAAGGUCUUCUGCUUGGCUCUACUAAAUCAAUUAUUGGCUUUAUAUUUACCUCUGAUGAGAAGAUCAUAGGUCUGGUUUCAUACUUGAUGAAUGCAUACUGUUUCCUUCAGUUCUUUGAUGCGUUUAUGUGUGUGUGCUCAGGCAUCUUCUUGGGCACGGGCAAACAGAAGAUACCAGCUGUGGGCAAUUUUAUUGGAUUCUACUGCAUAGGACUCCCACUGAGUGUUACCUUAACGUUUGUUACAAAACUGAGAAUUUUAGGGUUUUGGCUGGGACUGCUCGUUGGAGUCGUUUUACUUUGCUCCUUUUACAUCACUAUCAUCUCCAAGCUGAACUGGGAGGAAAUAACAGAGGAGGCUUUAAAACGAGCACAAAAAACCCCUCCCAUGACAUUGUUAAGCACAGCUGCAAUGUCAGACGCUCAGGGUAACAACGCUGUUGACCGGAGAGAGAGCCUUGUGAACUCAGUGGAAGACCACACGUCCAUGGGCACCGAGUGCUAUGACGGGGACACAGACGCACAGUGUGGUCAGGUGGUCCAGCUGAAGGGCGGCCGCCUCUCCACUGCUCAGCUCAUCCUCCGGAGGGGCCUCACCGCGUUGGCAGCAGUGGGGCUUCUGGCGGUGGGAGCCACUGUGCACUUCCUCGUGCCCCUGCCACAGAACAACUUUACUUUGGACUGGAUUAACGCAACACAUACUCCUCAUCAAAUUCUCUCCACGGCAACGGUCCCAAAUUAAGAGAAAAAGGGCACAAUGCCAGCUGUUUAAAGUGAGCACUGCAAAGCAAAAUUUGCCUGAUAUUUACCAUAUUUGAAGUUGAAGCGGUUUGCCGUCUUGAGGACACCAGACGUAUUUACUGCAACAAAAUACUUUUACAGGGACAAGUCUUACACCGUAAAGUGUAGCAGUGUACGACUCAUUUUGAGGUUUGUUUGCAAAAGCCAGUUAAGCGAAAAUCUGUUAUCACAUUUAAAUAAAACUAAAAAAAAGUCAUGCACUAAAAUGUUGUCAGCUGCAAAAAGCCUGUUAAAUCACAAAGCCAACACGAGCUAAUGUCUAACAAGUUUUGAAAUUAAAAACAGGAAAUAUAUGUGAAUAUAUGUAUGUCGCUUUAAAAAUUCAAGAUAGCCACAAUGUAUUUUUUUUAAUGCAUUAAAUACAA